AUGCCGUGUGCCUCGGUCACCGACCGUUUGAUGCUCCUGCUCAGUGCUUUCAACUUACUGCCUCAGGCGAUUCCGAUGCUAUGGGGACAAGACACCCUUCUGACCAUGCUCUCCAGUGAUGAGAAGGCGAAGCUGGAGUCGUCGGGCUUCGCCACAUGGUGCAUUAUGCCGCAUUUGGGCUGCUUGCUCCUAGUCCUUGCCCUUCUUUGCGUGUUGGCGACCCAGCUGGACCGCAAACCGCGCUGUGCCAUGCAUUCUGUGCUUUUGGUCUACAACGGCUCCUCGAUCUACUAUCACUACAGGAUGAUGCUGGUACAAGGCUCCAGGGACUUAGUAAACAACUUAUAA